AGAACUUAAAGCAGCCCAGAACUAUCAACCCUUAGGAAAAGUGAAAACCACAGGCCACUUAUUUUUGAUUUUGUGAUUAAGAAAUGGCACACACUGAAUCUACUUUGCCCUUGAAAAAGCUACAAGGCAAAGUUGCCAUUGUCACUGGUGGUGCAAGUGGUAUUGGGGAGGCCACUGCACGUCUUUUCGCCGAUCAUGGUGUACAAGCAGUUGUGAUUGCCGAUGUGCAAGACAAGAAAGGCCAAAUCGUGGUUGAAUCCAUUGGCGUGGAACGCAGUAGCUACGUGCACUGCGACGUUAGUGAUGAAAAACAAGUGAAGGCCAUGGUUGAUUUUACUGUCCAAAAAUAUGGUCAACUCGAUAUCAUGUUUAGUAAUGCUGGAAUACCUAGUAAAUCCGAACAAACAAUACUCAAUUUUGAUUUUUCUCAAUAUGAAACCAUGUUCGGAAUCAAUGUACGAGGUAUGACAGCAUGCGUAAAGCACGCAGCACGAGCUAUGGUGGAGAAGGGUGUCAAAGGAACCAUUGUCUGCACUGCUAGUGUGGUUGCCACCAAUUGCAAGGGCGGUACGAAUUUGACCGACUAUGUAAUGUCGAAGCACGCUAUUUUGGGUCUGGUCCGAGCAGCUAGCCAGCAACUUGGUGUACAUGGGAUUAGAGUUAACUGUGUUUCACCGUCUGCGAUCGCGACUGGAAUGGCAGCGAACACGGGCUUGACGAACGAGGGAGUUCAAAUGGUAUUCGGGCCUUUUACUGCAUUGAAAGGAAUUGCAUUAACAGUUGAACAUAUAGCAGAUGCUGUAUUGUUCCUUGCAUCAGAGAAUUCUGCAUUUGUUACUGGACAUGACUUGGUCGUGGAUGGUGGAUUGAUCAGCCUUCCCCAUAAACUGGUUACAGAAAAAUGAGAAAAUUUUAUUUUGAUGUUUGUUCUUGAGAAAUUUUGUGUCUCAAUGCUAUUGAAAUACCAAUAAUUGCAUUAAAUGUUGUACUAUGUAAAAUUCUAUCUUUUAAUGAAAAAAAAAAUUCUUGAUUUUA